AAACAACAUCGAUGACGUCAUCCAGCUUCAGUACUUGUCUCUGUGCCCAGUACUUCGCAAAUUGGCCAUUGAUGGAAACCCAAUUUGUGUGGGUCCAGUAUUAUCGCAGGACCAGCCUGGUUACAACAUUAGAGAAACAGUGAGGGAAUUACUACCGAACCUUGUAAUCCUCGAUGAUGAACGACUGGACGAAGAAACCAUAUCUUCCAGACAUAAUGUGUUUGAUGAGGACUGGGCUUAUCUGGAAGAGUUACAGAAUGAGACUCUGUUACAGGAUGUGCAUUCACAUCAACAAGAUGAGGUUGUAGAAGAUGGAGACCGACCGCCAACUGCAGCCCUACAACCUGCUGCAGAUUAUCGACCAGGCUCUGCCCUUCGACCUUCAUCAGGUUUCCGCCCUGCAUCAUCUUCCAAACGACCUUCAACAGCAAGCGGGAGUUCAAGUUCACUUGUUCAUCCUGGGGUCACAGUCUCCAUUCGACCUAUAUCCAGUGAUGCAGUUGAUGGAAUUGAAUCGGUCAGUGAUUUAACCAUGGGCGGUGUAAUCUGUGGGAACCCAUCAAAAGCUCUUCGGCAGAGAAAACAAGCAAAAGUUGGCUCAAAGGAAAACAUUGAUAAAAAACUGGAAAAUCUUUAUCAGAAGGGUGUGGUGCUGGGUCCCACAGAGGCUGCAGACAAUGCAUCUUCGUCGGCAGAAGAAGAGAUGAGCAACAUCAUGGACGAGCUAAAGGCUUGGAAACUGGAACAUGACAAACGAAUGGAGCUGAUUCUGAAGUCAAAAGAAGCUCAGAUUCUGAUUGUUGACCAUGAUAAAGCGGAUAACAGUGAUGAAUUCAGUGAUGAUGAUGAUGAUAAUAGCAGUAUGGAAGAUGAUGAAAGAAAAAUCCUAGAAAUCAUGAUGAAAAACUUUGGCCACAGACCUCCAUAUUUGCCGCAAAAAGAUUCUGCUGAAUUUGAACAAGGAAGGAUAACUCCCACAGCAAAAUCACCAGAUGUAGACUUGAAUAACUUUCAUUAUAAAUCUAAAAUUCCAGCUAAUUCUUUGGAGAAAUCAUCAUGUGUUGUUGGUGAAGCUAUGGCCUCCUUUCCUAAACAGGGUAGAUACGAUCAAAGCUUCGAUCUUGAGGAGGAUAUUUCAGACUCUGCAGACUUAGAUUCUGAAGCAUCGUCAUCAUCUUUGUCACUGAACCAACUGUAUAAAUCUCCAAGUGGUGACUUUAAAGACUUAAGUACUGAAAUUGAUAGAUCACUUCAUCAAAGGACGUCUUCAAGAAAUCAAAGUGAUAUAAGUUUAGCUCCACUGAGAGUACCAAGUCCAUCGUCUGCUCAGAUUAAAAAUAGAACACGCUCUAAGCUAACAGAAUUGUCUUCUCCUCGACAAAAAAAACUGAGGGUUGGACCUACUGGUCUCCCCUUGACUUCACAGACCCAGCAGCCGGUGAUUAGAAACAAUGUCGCUGUGAUUCAGUCAAGGUCAGGGAUAGUUCAGACAUGCAGGCCAGGUGUUUCUCAACCUAGCAUCGUUCUACUGCCGUCUCAACCUAGAAUACAGCGCCACCUUCCGCAACCUCCAGCCCUGAUAUCCCAACCUCCGAGCAACUCUUAA